AUGGCCGGCCUCUUCCGAUCGUUGUUCAAAAGCAAAAAAUCGCGAAAAGAGAACAAAGAGAACACCAACGAAGACGAUUACAUUGUAUUCCAGCCAUGCCCACAAUCCACUCUGAGUCAUCAGCGUACCGCCCGUUUCGCCGACGACUGUAUGCUCCCAGCAACCGCCGCGUAUCACACAAAAAACGCGCCAAAACUGAAAAAAGGGCCACAAAGUUGUCCGGGCGGGAGUCGUGGGGAUUUUGGGUUCGAUAAGAAAAGCAGAACUUCGAGCCGCCAGACUUUCGACAUCGAUUCCGGUCAUGAUAGUCAAUCUUCGUCGGUUCGCCACUCGAGAAGUCAGAAUUCAGUGUAUUCAGAUGAGGAUGACGUGGAAAAUAAUGAGCGGGUUGAGAUGUUUGAGCGGAAAAGUCAAUAUUAUAUGCAGAAAUACGAGGAAUCUGAAAGACAACGAAGGGAGGAGCGUCGGAAACAGGAGAGACUCGAACAUGAGAGGAAUAGUAUUCAGAAUGCAAUGUCUAAUAUGGCAUAUUGUAUGGCGUCGGUUCAGCAGAUUGAAAAGUUGAAAAGCGAACGGGAUCAGUAUAAAAAAGAAAUGAGUCGGUAUAGGACAAAGUGUGAGAAGUUGGAGAAUAAAUUUGAGCAGUUGGAGACGAUGUCGCCGAAUUAUGGCGGGUUUCAGACAUUCCCCAAUCCAAUGCAACCAUCUCCAUACCAGACGCCUCAAUACCCCGCACCGCUCAGCUUCAACUACCCGAAUCCCCUUCCAACUAUCCCUACUGGCCCACUUUCUUCUCUUCAUCGUUCUCAGGAUUUUAUGAAUAAAAUGAUGCCGCCACCACAACUUCCACCGAAUUUCGGCGGACUUUUACCAUCGAAUCAACACGGCGGUUCGAUGAGUUUUGCGAUGAGUAACACCCCGACAACGAUCGGUUCGGAAGGCGCCGGCGAGUCGCUCGUUAAUCCGUCGGAUCUCAGUUUCAUGAGAGCGAGUGGUUCUGGUGGUGGUGGUGGAAAAGCGCCGUCCAAUUUCUACGACAAUGACGAGGAGGACGAAAUCAAAAACUAUCGAUACGAAGACGACGCGUUCCUGGCGCCAAGUCCACUCAGCGAUCUCACUCAAUCCACGUCGAAUACUCACUAA